CCGUACUGCAUGCCCGCACGAUGCCGUAUCGCGAGUACAGGCAGCGGUACAGACAGCAGCAUAGCGAGCCAUCGGGCUUCUCGAAGCUGAGGAAGAGAAGAUCAUCGGUUGCCCCGUCUGAGGCGGAGCUGGAGCGAUGGGAGGUGAGUGGGCAGGGAGGGCAUUGUCGAUGGGGCCAGCUGUGUGCAUUCAUGUUCAUUACUGUCGGUGCAGGCUGCCUACCUGACUUCGAGAGCCGCCCUCUCCCUUCAGCGGUUCCGCCAUAUCGUUGGUUUUUUUUUGCGUCGCAUCUGUCGUCCACGCCUUGGCUUCUAUGGUUUCGUUCUUCGGGUUUUUUGCUACGCCCAUCCCAGUCAUGUACUGUUCCCCCCCAGGCGCAGGCGCUGUCGGAGACAAUUUCCACACCAGACCCUCGGUAUCCGCGCAGGCGCUGUCGGGAUUGUUCCUCGACAUACGAAACCCAUCGCGGCUGGCCAACGGGGGCUUCUUCGCGGCCAUGUAUGUCCUGAUUGUGGCCUUGGAGAAGCACUUCGUCGUCCGAAGCCGGGCCGCUCCUAUGCUUUUGGCGGCGUUCAGCGAACUCUGGGUCAUCCUCGUAAGCCAUCUGAUUGUACUAAUUUGUGACCCUCCCCUGGCUGUGGUGUUGGUGCAGCUCUGCCUGGUGGACUCGCUUGAGGAUGGGCAUGCUUGACUGUCGCCUUUCCAGCUGUCAAGACUAGUAUUGCUUUGUCCCGUAUUGACGGCGUCGAUUGGGCCUGGGCCAUUCUACAUGGUCUGCUUUUUGCUGUGGAACGUCUGUCUCAUCGCGGGCCUUUCUUUCG